AAGGCUAUAUAAGCAGCUAUCUCUUAGAGCAAAACAUUCCAGGCUACCAAACGAUUUCUGAUCAAGCUUUUAGAUAGUCAACAAAGAUGAAAACCUUCAUUCUACUUAGCGUCAUUGCCAUGGCAGCCAUGGCAUCUGCUGCACCCUCUGUCAUCAGUAGUGAUACAGACGUAGCCAUUCAAAAUUUCUGUUGCGAUAUGCGUCUUGCAUGUUGUCAUUCUCAGAAGAAAUCUGAUGAGAUCAUGGCCAACCAAGAUACAGACAUAGCCAUGGAUCAAGAUUUCUGUUGCGAUAUGCGUCUUGCAUGUUGUCAUUCUCAGAAGAAAUCUGAUGAGAUCACGGCCAACCAAGAUACAGACGUAGCCAUUCAAGAUUUCUGUUGCGAUAUGCGUCUUGCAUGUUGUCAUUCUCAGAAGAAAUCUGAUGAGAUCACGGCCAACCAAGAUACAGACGUAGCCAUGGAUCAAAAUUUCUGUUGCAAUAUGCGUCUUGCAUGUUGUCAUUCUCAGAAGAAAUCUGAUGAGAUCACGGCCAACCAAGAUCGCUACAUGCAUGCAAGUUAUAGCAAUGCAAGAGUGCAUAAGAAGAGAACAGUCAAACUACUGUAUGAUAGAUCUACACAAAAACUGUGGAUAAAGUAAUGUGACAUUCUGUCAAUUGCACGUAAUCAACUCGCACAGAAUUUGCGAAGUGCAAGUGAAGAGAAUCAACCCGACUAUAAUUAUUGUCUCUUAUUGUCUCUAUUUAGAUGAUUUCAGUAAAGAGAUUUUCUCCUAUAUCAGUGUGCAGUGAGCAGCUUUGAAUGUUGAACGCGAACGACAAGCUAUAGAAUUACCACACCCCUUAAAAACGUCGUGAUUAACAUUACUAGGAAUAAAUUCAAUGUGUAUAUAUAGAGUCAUGCACAACGAGCAAUGA